AUGUGCACAAAGAAUUGUGCAAACACUGCAGCAGAAAGAAUGGCUAUGCCUAAUGACACCCAGUUCCAUCCUUCUUCGUUCCUCCUCCUGGGUAUCCCAGGGCUAGAAGAUGUGCACGUCUGGAUUGGAUUUCCCUUUUUCUUUGUGUAUCUUGUUGCACUCUUGGGGAACGCUGCUGUCCUGUUUGUGAUCCAGACUGAGCAUAGUCUCCAUGAGCCCAUGUACUACUUCCUGGCCAUGUUGGACUCCAUCGACCUGGGCUUGUCCACAGCCACCGUCCCCAAAAUGCUGGGCAUCUUCUGGUUCAGCCUCAGGGAUAUAUCUUUUGAAAGCUGCCUUUCCCAGAUGUUCUUCAUCCACUUCUUCACUGCCAUGGAGAGCAUUGUGUUGGUGGCCAUGGCCUUUGACCGCUAUGUUGCCAUUUGUAAACCCCUUCGGUACACCAUGAUCCUCACCAGCAAAAUCAUCAGCCUCAUUGCAGGCAUGGCUAUUCUGAGGAGCCUGUGCAUGGUGGCCCCUCUGGUAUUUCUCCUCCUGAGGCUGCCCUUCUGUGGGCACUAUAUCAUCCCUCAUACUUACUGUGAACACAUGGGCAUUGCUCGCCUGGCCUGUGCCAGCAUCAAAGUGAAUAUUAUGUUCGGUCUUGGCAACAUUUCUCUCCUAUUAUUGGAUGUGCUCCUUAUAAUUCUCUCCUAUGUCAGGAUCCUCUAUGCUGUCUUCUGCUUACCCUCCAGGGAGGCCCGACUCAAAGCUCUCAACACCUGUGGCUCCCACACUGGAGUUAUCUUAGCUUUUUUCACACCAGCAUUUUUCUCUUUCUUGACACACCGAUUUGGCCACAAUAUCCCUCAAUAUAUCCACAUUUUCUUGGCCAACCUAUAUGUGGUUGUUCCGCCAGCUCUCAAUCCUGUAAUCUAUGGGGUCAGGACCAAACAGAUUAGGGAGCGAGUCCUGAGGGUUUUCCUCAAGACAGAUAGCUAACUAGUCAGAGGUCUUGGAAGGUCUGUUUUAGAGUUCACAUUUCCUGCAUUGUGAAAAUUAGAGUUAGUUACCUUAUGUCUAACCCAGUAGGAAGGAGGAAAAAUUGAGGGGAAUAUUGAGACCAAUAACAUUAAUUGUGUUUGAGUGGCAGGUUUUAUAUUUGAAGUUAAUAAUAUGUGCAUUGAUGAUACCAGAUUGCUAUAAUUGGAUAUCCACAUGCAAAUAGAUUAAUUUAGACCCUUACUUUACAUCAUAGAAAAAAUUAACCUACAAUGGAACAGAGACCUAAAGACAAGAGCUAAAGUAUAAUAACCAACAUAAAAUUAUUUGUAAUAUUGUUCACAUAAAAUUUCAUAGAUAUGACAACAGCAGCAAUAAAUAUUUUUAUAUGAUUGAUUGGUCUUCAUUAAAGUAUAUGUAUUUUUUCUUCAAAGCAUACUAGUAAUAAAAUGAAAAAGAAAGCCAUAAUCUGAGAGAAAAUAUUUAUACAUCAUGUGUAAGACAAAGGAGUUGUCUAAAAAUAUAGAGAGAACUCUUGUAAUUUAAUUAUAAUUAUAUAAUGACUCGGGGCGCCUGGGUGGCUCAGUCGGUUAAGCGUCCAACUUCCGCUCAGGUCAUGGUCUCGCGGUUUGUGAGUUUGAGCCCCUUGUCAGGCUCUGUGCUGACAACUCAGAGCCUGGAGCCUGCUUCAGAUUCUGUGUCUCCCUCUCUCUCUGCCCCUCCCCUGCUCAUGCUCUGUCUCUGUCUAUCAAAAAUAAAUAAAAUGUAAAAAAAAAUUUAAAUAAUUAUAUAAUUACUCAGUUUACUCAAUUAAAAUAGAAAAAAUAUUAAAUGGAAAAAUUAAAAUAGAAAAAAUA